AUGGACGUGGCACUUCAGGCGUACGUGGAUGGCACGUAUGCCAGCGUUCCGCCUUCGGUGUGCGAAGACGUCGAAAAGGGCAAGCACUCUUUGCUAGACCUUAUCAAGAAUCUAGGGACGUAUUUGACAUCGGAUGACGAGGUGGUUCGCGCGCGCGCCAUUGCACUUCUUAGCUGUGUGAUCGAGCAUCUUGCAUCUCAGCGUGCGGAUCACACACAUGUGCAGCUACGAAGACAAACCAUCCGUACGCUGACAGAAUUUUUCAGCAGUAAGAUAUCUGAUGCUGUCAUUGUCGGAGACAUUAUGUCUCAGCGCGCAAACGAUGCGCCUGUUGUGCCUGCAACGGCACCUCGAGCUGCCAUCAAAGCGGAAGAGGAUCGUACACUGCGGGCAGACCAGAUGCUCUACGACUGUUUGCGAACACUAUUGGUAUUGAGUUCUGUCGGGUUCGAGGAGAAUGAGGCUCGCAGCCGCGAUGCGUUUGGUGGCGAAGAUGCCCGAACUGCAGCCAAAGCACUCUUUUCUCUAGACCUGCACAAAUACCCACAACCAUUACGCUUCGUUGUUGGCCAGCUCCUGGAUGCUCUCGUGACACGACAUCUGACAGCUCUUGCUUCGAUGCGAACAGGUCCCGAUGCGCCGGAUGGAAGUGCGUUCGUUCAUGGCUACGCGACGCUUGUGACAGGUGAGAAGGACCCGCGUAAUCUGCUUCUACUGUUUGGUCUCGCACGUGUCUUGUUGUUGGAAUGGGACAUAGGACCAAAGGAAGCUGAUGCGAUGUACAAUAUCUUGUUCUGUUACUUUCCCAUCUCGUUUCGUCCGCCACCCGAUGACCCAUAUGGCAUCACACCAGAUCAAUUGAAAAAGGCAUUGAGGGCAUGCCUAAGUGCAUCGUCGAAGUUUGCCCCUAUGGCCUACCCGUUGCUUCUUGAAAAGCUCAGUGCAACUGGUGGCUCGUCAAAAAUUGACACAUUGCAGACGAUCUCCGCAUGUCUGCCGGUCUAUGGCCGUGCGGCUGCGAUCGAGCAUGGCUCUGACCUAUGGACUUACCUUCAACUAGACAUAUUGCAGCCUACAGAUGAGCAGAUUAUUCCCUUCGCGCAAGACACUCUUACAGCUUUCUUGCGAGUCAUAUGCACGGACCAGUGGGAACCACUUGCUCAAACGAUCCUCCAGACAUCCCUUGAUCUGUGUCAAAGCACGUCCCAGUCCCAGGCGCGCGACUCCAUGCGUAUCUUGCAGUGCUUUGUGAAUGCAUGUCAUGUCACUUACACCCAGGCUACCAAUCAGUUCAUGCGCAUCAUGCUGCGCCAGUGGCAGGACGUCAGCUCAGACGUCGCACAUCAACGUACAGAGCUCCGUUCUAUGUAUUUGAAUCUGCUUAUCACUGCACAGGAUUCGUACGAGAAGCAUGGUCGCCCGCUGGAUGCAUUUCAUGAACAGCUUGUGUACAUAUACACGUCACCCUCCUUGUGUGAGCGUGAGCACGGGCUCCGUGGCUUGCAGUGCCUCUUUCAGCUACCGGGCUUGCUGACACCCGAUGACAGGCUGCGUGCGACUCGAUGCUUGCAAAAUGUUCUACUUGAAGCGCCCAAAGCACUCCAGCCACAUGCACUCAAGGGACUUGAAAUCGUGCUGGACAUGGAUCGCUCCCUCAUCCAAUCUGAAACCGUACCGUUUCUUCUGUCUCGUCUUCCUACACACGUCCAACGGCCGCCGCUACAUGUGCCUCCGAUUCUCAGUGCCGUAUCGUGUUUGUGUACGACAUCAGAGCUGUUUGAUGCGUGGCAAGCACGUGCAAUGAGCUUGCUCAAGACACUCAGCACUAGUGCAGAUGACCUGGCGCAUGUCGGGUAUAUGUGUGCGUUGCUUGCGACACUACAAGUCACAAUUGAGCGCAAGAUGGAGGCAAAGCAUGAAGAUCUGCCACGGUUAGCACAAGGAUUGACUAUACGUUUGCUCGACUGGCUGCAUGAUCCAAAUGGCAUAGCCACUCAUCAAAGGCUUGUCAUGCAGCAAGCAAGUGACUUGCUCUUGGUAUUGGUGCCUCAUAUCCCCGCGACGAACGUGACGGAGCUCGUUGGACGAGCUAGUCGAGAUAUCCGUGUGGGGCACACGGAGCCAGAUGCAUUCUCUCAUGUGCACGACCGACUCUUACCAUGUGCGGCAAUAAUCACAGGUCUGUCUCGACAAGCAACGCUUCCACAGGCGUCAGAAUGGCUUCGUACAGUCGUAUCGUGGAUCCAACAUUCAGCCAUGGAAGAUUGGUACGCAAAGAGCGCGUGUUUCCUGCUCUGCGCUCUUGCAAACAAGUUUGUGGAGCCUGAGCCGGAAUACCUGGCGACGUUUUGGGCCACGGUCCCGACAAUUGAGGCUCGGCCACGUCACCGCUUGCUUUGUUUAGAGGCAUGGCUAUGGCUUGCUCGUGGUUGGAUGGCUCGUGGCGUCGCUUUUGGAACAGACAUGGUUCACACACUAUUGACCGACAUGCUUCGUGACGAGCGCGUGGGCGUUUCAGCGGCUAGAGCGCUUCAUGUGCUGGCCGAUCAUGACCAUCUGUUGACGCGAUCACGCGGGUUUCAAGUGCGCAUCUUGUACAAGCAACGUAUCCUUGAUUCUCUUCUACAGUCAUUGAUGAAGACAUACCGCGAACAUCGUGACGAGACACAGCGUGCACCAUGUCUCGUUGCCAUUGCAACGAUUCUGCCAGCUUUGACGGAAGCGUCUCUUUAUAUGUACGUCGAAACGCUCCUCCCCAUACUGUCGCAUGCACUGUGCUUGAGCGAUGCUCGCGUGCGUACGUCGUGUGCAAGUUUUGUGACAAAUGUCGCUCAGCGUCUAGCAAAUGCAUCUGAUGCAUCGACGACAGCGACGCCGACGACGCAAGAGCAUGAUGCAGAUCGUGCGUUGCGAAAUGCUUUGAUCGAGCACCUGCCCGUGCUCGUACCUCGCCUACUCGCGAACGCGGAGCCUGGCGCCGACCAUUCUAUCAGCGUGCGUUUGGCAUCCCUUCAAGCGUUGCAUGCGCUGGUGGAUGCAUUGCCGCAUGAUUGUUUGUUCAUCUAUCGCCGACAAGUCGUGCAGACACUAGGUCGGCACGACAAAGGCGUCGAUGACAAAGUCCGCUCUGUGCGCGCAGCUGCAGUGGAUUGCCGCUCAGCAUGGUACCGAGUUCAGGCUCUAGAGUAA